UCACCUUCUCCUGCUACCUGAGCCCUCCACUCCUGACACCAUGCACUGCAACAACUUCUCCGGUGCUGUCUUCCCAGGAUGCUACUGGGGCAGCUUCGGCUACCCCCUGGGGUACAGCGUGGGCUGUGGCUAUGGCAGCACCUACUCCCCAGUGGGCUAUGGCUUCGGUUACGGCUACAACGGCUGUGGGGCCUUCGGCUACAGAAGAUACUGGCCAUUUGAUCUCUACUGAUUUGCUGAAAUUGCCGAGGCAUAGAAUCUUCUCUCCCAAGGUUAAGAGGCACCCUCAACGUUCCUCCUUUGCUCCUUGACCUCCCAGUUGCUGCUUCUCAGACCUAGUACCAGAGUCCAGAGGGAAAGAAAUGAAAAAGCAGACGAUGCCUUACCUGCCUUCCCUGGAUGAUGUUCUUUGAGACAUUUUCAGAAACUUUAUACCCAAACAUGUAUUUCAUCUGAAUUUUUCACCAUGCUCACGACUCUUGAUAAAGUUGUGGAUAUGUGUGUUGAAUUCUCAAUAAACUUGUCUCAGCCAGCAUAA